CUUGACUGGAGUUUCAGCUUGAAAGACACAGCAGUUCUGGAAGUCACUCCCACACAGUCAACGGAGGCGGUGAUGGCGCAGUAUUGAAUAUGAAGCGGUUCUAUGGCGCCUAUGCUGUGCCAGAUACCAACCCUUUCUGCUUCACUACCACGGCGCAAAGCCAUGAGCUGUCAGCCUUGUGCAAGACACAGAACCAUUUCUUCAGGUGGUAGCUACGCCAGGUAGGGAGCCAGACAACUUGAAGCGCUUGAUUCACCCUUGUAGUAUGGGCGACUGGCGACUUUCGGACUUUUUGAAACCACAUCUUCAGUUCGAUCUCUCGACCCUGCGGCUAUUGCCCCAAGACACACUUGAAGAUGGCGUUCACAAUUUGGAUGGGAAAUGUAUUAGGCUAGAUACGUUCCAUCAGUGCCAAUUUGAUCUUACAUUCCCCGGACACGCCUUGAGAAGGGUCGUCCAGCUUCACCCUUGAAGAAGCCCUCGUCCAUGCCUGGCGGGGAAGAAAGAUGCCUAGCUUUCACAUUCCUACACGGCACUGCAUUCAAACGAGCAUGGGUCUAUUCUCCCCAAUUUUUUCCUUCGCUUCUCAGUGUCAUUCCAUUUCCCAUCACAGCCUCACAGGUUUGACCAACAUGAAAAGCUACCAUGACGCCAUUUCUUGCCUCAACUCUCUCCAGACGCCAUUCGCGGUGCUCGAGGAGAGACGAAAAGCAGGCAAGAAGAUGGACGCCACGGCACUGACAGAAAUGCAGUCUUGGUUGGAGAGAUCCGGGCUCCAAGUCAGAUUCAAUUUCAGGCCCUUUAGCCUUCAUCCCCUACACCUAGUCUUGCUAAUGCUGGAGAAUGGAGAUUAUAGAUUUCAGACUUGGACAAGCUCAACAUCAUCCACGUCGCCGGAACCAAAGGCAAAGGAACUACAUGCGCCUUCGUCGACUCGAUCCUCAACCAACAUCGCCGAAAGUAUUCCACACCAAAAAAGAUCGGGCUAUAUACUUCUCCACACUUGGUAUCUGUCCGGGACCGCAUACGAAUAAACUCGGAAACCAUAUCCGAAGACAUGUUUGCACGUUACUUUUUCGAGGUCUGGGACGCAUUGGAAGCAUCGGCAUCUGCCGCUCGAGAAGACGUCCCCACAAAGCCAGUUUAUUUCCGGUUUCUCACUCUCAUGUCAUGGCAUGUAUUCCUAAAAGAAGGCGUCGACGCGGCAAUCUACGAAGUCGGCGUCGGAGGCGCCUGGGAUUCCACCAAUGUCGUCCAAAAGCCCAUCGUGACAGGCAUUACCACGCUGGGAAUUGACCAUGUCGCUGUCCUUGGUGACACUCUGGCCAAGAUCGCAUGGCACAAAGCCGGCAUCUUCAAGAAAGGUGUCCCUGCCUUUUCUGUUCCGCAAGAUCCAGAAGUUGUUGAGGUGUUGAAAAACCGCGCAUUCGAGAUUGGUGUACAAUACCUACACUUUAUCAACAUCGACCCCUUUGUAUAUGAUGUCAACGUCGUCCCAGACGCCGACUAUCAACGCGGCAACAUCUCUUUGGCGAUUGCUCUUGUCGUAGCUGCUGCGGAAAAGCUUGGGUUGAAAGAAUUGCGUCCGGAUAUACGUCCAGAGGUGUUUAAAGGCGGGUUAGAGCAGACAGUCUGGCGUGGGAGAUGUGAGACGAAAUUCGACGGGCCCAGAAGGUGGCGUCUUGAUGGAGCACACACGGUCAAUAGCCUCAAAGUCGCUGCGCAGUGGUUUGCUGCCCAGCAGGUAUCAGGCAGUGACACGAACACCCUCUGCAUCCUUGUCUUCAAUCAACAGAAAAGACCGGGCCCAGAAGCAGACGAGCUCCUCAGAGGGCUGCAGCACGAGCUGAUCAAUAACUGCGGUAUACGCUUCGACCAUGUCAUCUUUUCAACGAACGCUACGGCAAAAAGUACAGGCUAUCGAAUUGGUAUCCAUGCCCUACCUAUGCUGACUAGAGAUACUGUUACAGAAUUCGAAGAUCGCAAUGCGAGUACUCAGGCAGUCAAAGAAUUGACUGUUCAAAAACGCUUCGCAGAAGUGUGGGCAGAGGCAGACAAAAUGGCCAAGAUUCAUGUUACGUCGACAAUCCAGGAAGCCGUUGAGUUGGCUCAAGCGCUUAGCGACGAACCAGAAGCCACGGAGAUACUGGUUACGGGAAGCAUACAUCUUGUCGGUGGGGUUCUGGCACUUCUUGAAGGUGUGUCAGAUUCCAGGCCGGGGAGCAGCACUCCUUAGGCACACUGCACACUGGCGGGUGACGAGGAGAACUAAUUACACGAGGGCAAGUUCUGUUCUACUGAUCCGGGGCGAGCGACUACCUAGCUAGGAUUUCCGUACGUUGUGAACAACAUGAUGAGAGCUGAGGUCGGUCCUUUCCAGACUUCGAAAGCGUAAAUUAGGACUAGUACUAAUAAUUAAUUAAUUGAAGAAUUG